AUGUCAACCGCGCUGUAUCCUCUCGCAUCUCUCGCGCAAAUAGAGAAGACACCCUCUCGUGAAGAUGGAAUACCUGGAGAUUUGGAAGAAGAUCUGCGUGCAUAUGGGUGCAAGCUCAUACAUGAAGCAGGCAUUCUUUUGAAACAGUACAUGUUCUCUAUUCUUUAUACGAUGAUUUGCAUGUUGAGGUUGGCUGAGAACAGAAAGCAAGUUGCUGUAGCUACAGCGCAGAUACUUUUCCAGAGGUUUUGGUAUGUCACUUCCAUGAAACAGUUUGGUAUUGGGGACAUCGGAAUGGGGGCACUUUAUUUGGCAUCAAAGCUAGAGGAGUGCCCGAUACGUAUGCGCGACCUGAUUAACGUAUACGACCUGCUUCAACAACGGUCGACCCACACUCGAUCUGUUCUACUGUCAGGAAACUCCAGCCCGUCAACAUCACGUCGAAGGCUCGAAUUCCACUACACUCCAAUGUCCUACUUCGGCAACACGUUCUAUGACUUGAAGGAGGCGCUUGUGGUCGCCGAGAUGCAGGUGCUCAAGCGGCUUGGAUUCAACGUGAACGUCGUCCUACCUUAUGGAACCCUAGUCAAUUACCUGAGGCUUCUCGGCCUGACGAAUCGCGAGGAUGUGUGUAAUCGAGCAUGGGGAUACUUAAAUGACGCUCUGCAGACGCCUGUCUACGCGCUCUACGCAGUGCCAACGAUCGUCAGCGCAGCAAUCUUGUUGACGAGUCGGCAUCUGAGCAUUCCACUUCCCUCUUCUCCUGACAAUUGUUGGUGGGAGCUGUUCGAUGCCGACUGGGAAGAUGUUUGGAGUGUCUGUGGUCACAUAAUGCGCCUUUACCGAGAGCGCAACAUAGAAGACCGGACACGGAUCAUGGGCAUGGUGUCGAAAAAGGGAGUCCGUCAGUGGCUAGAGGAUCAUCAUACCUUCGACAAGCGUGGUUGA